AUGCUGUCCAACGCACAGAACCAGCCGCUUUUCCCCAACCCUACCGGGCAACAGAAUCCAGGCGGCCAGCAGAACCCCGCGGGCCAGUUUCUCCCCUUCCUCAGCAGACCCACCUUACAGAUCAAGAAGAACGCCAUUACCGACGACUACAAGGUGACCAGUCAGGUGUUGGGUCUCGGUAUCAAUGGCAGGGUGCUCGAAAUCUUUCAGAGGGAGACGGGUGACAAGUAUGCGCUAAAGAUGUUGCAGGACUGCUCUAAAGCACGUAGAGAAGUGGAGCUCCACUGGAGGGCGUCACCUUGUUCCAACAUUGUGAGGAUCAUUGAUGUCUAUGAGAACCUCUAUCAAAGCAGGAAAUGCUUGUUAAUAGUUAUGGAGUGCAUGGACGGCGGUGAACUCUUCAGUCGAAUUCAAGACAGAGGGGACCAGGCCUUCACUGAGAGAGAGGCAUCUGACAUCAUGAAGAAUAUAGGGGAGGCGAUUCAGUACUUGCAUGCUGUCAACAUUGCGCAUAGAGACGUGAAGCCGGAGAAUUUACUCUACUCCACCAAGAGGCCAAGUGCUUUGCUCAAACUCACGGACUUUGGCUUUGCCAAGGAGACCACCUCGCACAACUCUCUGGCUACUCCCUGCUACACACCUUACUAUGUUGCUCCAGAGGUUCUGGGCCCAGAAAAAUAUGACAAAUCUUGUGACAUGUGGUCUUUGGGCGUCAUUAUGUAUAUUCUAUUGUGUGGUUACCCGCCCUUUUAUUCCAACCACGGUCUGGCAAUUUCUCCCGGGAUGAAGAAGCGGAUUAGGAUGGGACAAUACGAGUUUCCUAAUCCCGAGUGGUCCGACGUAUCCGAAGAAGCUAAACAGCUGAUUAGGACCCUCCUGAAGACGGAGCCCACCCAAAGGAUGACCAUCACGGAGUUCAUGAAUCAUCCCUGGAUCAACCAAUCGAUGGAGGUUCCUCAGACGCCGCUGCACACUAGCCGGGUGUUAAAGGAAGAGAAGGACGCGUGGGAGGACGUCAAGGAGGAAAUGACCAGUGCCUUGGCUACCAUGAGGGUCGACUAUGAGCAAAUCAAGAUAAAGACCAUCGAGGAUUCCACCAAUCGACUGCUAAAGAAAAGAAGGGAGAAAGCCAGUAAAGCCAUGGCGGACACACCGUCUGCUGCCCACUGA